CGACCCAACCGCCCUCUCCCAACUCGGCCCGUGGGCGUGAUUAUGGAGACCUGACCCCAAGACCUUUCUGGUGGUGCUUCAUCCAUCCACGAUGGACGGCCUGGAUGAGGUCCAGGACAAGGACACGGAUUCCUCGUCUUCGUCGUCGUCCGAUGAUAGUCCCGAGUUUGAGGAGCACUCGCCUCCACCCGAAAGUUCGGCUCACACUCCGAGCCGCUCCGAAAUGCCGGACGACGACUCGGAUCAACCGGCCGAGAAGAAGAAGAAAAAGAAAGGCCAGACCGCCGGCUCCAGUCGGAAAAAGGAUCCGGCCUCGCUCAAGACCUUGCGCUUUCACAUCCAAUUAGAUGCGGACAUUGAGGCGGGCGAGGGCGGAGAGGAAGACAAAUACGAGUUCAAUUGGCUCGACCUAAUCGCCGAGGAAAACGAACGGAAGGAAAGCAAAGUGGACGACGGACACAUGGGCGGUAACAACUUUGGUGGUGCGGCGUUGGAUCCCUAUGCCAGUGAUGACGAUGAACAAUUGCGAGCCCUAGCUCGGAAAUUUGAAAACAAAUACGGGGCCGAGGAUGUCAAGAAAAAGAAGAAAGCGCGGAAACUAGAUGAUUAUGCCGACCUGGGCUAUGGCUACGACUCUAAUGAUCCUUUCAUUGAUAAUUCAGAGGUACAUGAUGAGAUCGUACCGGCCAAUCUCACCACCGCUCACGGUGGCUUCUACGUCAACAUUGGGGCCCUAGAAUUUAAGACCCGUGAAUCGGCCGACGAAGACUCAGAUGUGGAGGCCAUCAUCAACGAAGGCGAAAAGGCCGAGAAGAAGCGCAAAUAUAUUAAAAAGAAGGAGACUACCAGUCUCAACGGGCUGCCCGAUGAACCUCCAGCCAAGAAAAAGAAAGUGAAACGGAUUCAAAAUCCAGAUGGCACCACCUCCCUGAUUCCCAUCAACGGUGGGCAUUCUUCACAUGACGAUCCGACGGGAGCCUCCGCCUCAGGGUCCAUGGAUGAGGGUGAUGGCCGACCCAAAAAGCCUCGAAUUCGUCGCGAAGGAGCCAAGCCCUUGGGCCGACCUAAGAAGCGGAAUCCCGACGGAUCCUUGGUCCACCCGCCGAAGAUGCCCAAGGCGAAGCGCCCAGGGUUUGAGACCAAUGGUUCUGCCGGAAGACACAAAGUCAGUCCGAAUCAUAUAAAUGAUAGCAAGAUCUUAAAGAAUAAGAAGGGUCGUAGUGUCAUGAAGGUGAACACUCCGGGCAGUUUCGCAAAUUCGUCGAAUUCGACCUCGGUUGUUGAUUUGACCGAUGGGGACGAGAGAUUGACACCAAAGAGCCAAAAGAACGCUACCGAGUGCAACGACGACGUGGUAAAGCUGUUGCAAAGUGUCUCCGAUCAAGUUGGCAAGAAACUCACCGCGGGCGAAGCUGCCUCAACCUCCUAUAAAGGAGUGACGAUCACGCCCACGGCGGCAGGAAGCAAACCCAAGAAGAGUGGAUGUACCACACCCAACGUCUCUCUUGUGGCCACUUCAACUUCUAGUGGCGGGAGUAAGGCCAAACCCGCAUCGGCUGUGACAGUGAAGAAGUUGUUGGAAGAGCAGAAUCACCAGCAAAAAGCCAAAAAUCAAACGCCUCAGCCCAUUCCUGUCAAAAGGAAACCCUCUUCGGCGGCAAGUAAUACCCAGGCUCUGCAACAUCAGAAGAAAAAGCAACAGCAACAACUGCAACAACAACUUGCUCAACAACAACAACAAGACCUCAUGAACUAUCUCACCGCCCUGGCUGCCUACCAGCAAGCCGGAAGUCCCUCGGGGAAGAACAGCACGAAUGCCGAGCUCUUAUCUGCCUUGGCUGGGUUAUCUGCAUCUGGGACGAUGACACCUGAGCUUUAUGCUCAGCUUUUGGCAACGCAAGGCCAAAUGAACGAUGUGCUUUUGCAACAAUUUGCUGCCAGUUUCUACCCUACUUCAGCAUCCUUGUCAGCUUUUACCACGUCAAGUGGCACUUCAAGAAAGGGAUCGGUCAGUGGUUCCUCUUCGGCAACCAUUGCCAAGCAGGUCUCGUCAAGCCUCAGCAAGGCUAAAACUACGGUGACCAAUUCCAGUGACAGGAAACUGCCGUCCUCGACUUCAUCACCGUCACCCGCAUCAUCAGCAUCAAGUGUAGUAGUGUCCAGUUUGUCAUCUACGGUGUCCUCCGGAUUAGCUCAAGCUGCAGCUUCUGCUGCCGCAGCCACGAAAGCUAAACAUUCUAGUGCGCAUUCUAUUGAAAGCUUGAGUAAAUCAUCGCUGCAAGGCACCAAGGCAGGGCAAUCAUUACUGGUCAGCAAGCAAGGUAUCUCCCAAAACGCCGCGGUCAAAGGUAGUGUACAAGUCGUUUCAACCUCUGGUACCAAGCCAUCACCAACUAUCAACCAAGUCACCGGAGGUUCGAAGGUUGGGAACAAAUCCUUGACAAAAUCAGGUGCUGAUAUCGCAGAUUCACCAGGAUCCACGUCGGUUUUAAAGACGGCUUCUCCGACACCGACCGUUCCAGCCACCACGUUGUCGUCGCAACAACAGCAAUUACUUAGACAAGAGCAAUUCGAAGCCGAGCAAAAAGAGUUCGCCCAAUUUGAACUCAUGGCUCAAGCCAAAUUUGAACGCGAAGAAAUUGAGCGCCUCAAAGCGGACCAAGAGAAGCGAAUGAAAAUGAUUGAACAACAAAAGAAAGACCAAGAUGACAUGAGAAAAAAGCAGGAGUUGGCUGAUGCUCAGAGGAAAGAGGAAAUGAAGAAGAAGCAAGAACAAGCUGAGGCCGCUAGAAAACAGGAAGAUUUGAGAAAAGAGGCUCUUCGUAAGCAACAACUUGAAGAGAAAUUACGACACGAGGCUAUCCAACGACAAAAUGAACUAGAUGCCCAAAGAAAGCAACAAGAAAUGCUUCGACGGCAACAAGAACAAGAGAUACUGAGGAAACAACAACAGCAGCAGCAACAGGAGCAAGAGCGGCUCAGAAAACUAGAGGAACAGGAAUUAUUACGAAAACAACAAGAGCAAGACAGGUUAAGGAAACAACAGGAACAGGAAAGGUUAAGAAAACAGCAGGAACAGGAAUUAUUGCGAAAACAACAAGAGCAAGAAAGGUUAAGGAAACAACAGGAACAGGAGAGGUUAAGAAAACAGCAGGAACAGGAAUUAUUGCGAAAACAACAAGAGCAAGAAAGGUUGAGGAAACAACAGGAGCAGGAAAGGUUAAGAAAACAACAACAAGAACAGGAAAGAGCCAGGAAAUUAAAAGAGCAAGAACAACUGCGAAUGAAGCAACUUGAACAGGAACAUCUUAGAAGGAAACAACAGGAACAGGAGUUACUCAGAAAGCAGCAACUUGAGCAAGAGGCACUGAGGAAAAAACAGGAGGAAUUGGAGCUCCUGAAAAAGCGACAAAAGGAGCAAGAGCUGUUGAGGAAACAACAGGAACAAGAGCAACGCAAGAAGCAACAACAAAUGGAACAGCUGCGGCAACAAGAUCAUCUGCGCAAGCAGGAGCUAUUAAGAAAACAGCAACAACAGCAACAACAACAACAACAGCACCAAAUGCAGCAACGUGUUGCUCAAUCCCAAACCAUAUUCAUUCAAGAUGGCCAACAACCACAACAAGGUUACGUUUCCAGCUCGAGCAUUAUACUCAACCAGUCGCCCUCAUCCACGAUCUCCAUGUCCGGUUAUUCAUUGGGGAAUAAUGCCAACGCCAUGAACGGCAACAUGCCACAAAUCAUUCAUUCCUCCCCACAACGAGUAUCACCCCACCAACAGCAACUCUCGAUGAGUUCCCCACAGCCAAAGCAACAAUCUCAAUUGAUCAGCCAACACACAUCGUCUCUUCAGCAACAACAACAACAGCAGCAGCAGCAGCAGCAACAUCAAAUCAUUGUUCAUCAAAAUAUUUCACCUCGCCAAUCAUCACAGGGGAAUUUCAACCUCUCCAUGAAUCAUACCUCGCCCAGCACCUCAAACGUGCAUUUUCUCCAACAGCAAAAGCAGCAAAUUGUGGUCUCGUCCCCGAAUCUCAAUCAGGGCCUCAAGAUGUCCGUCAAUCAUGGCUCUUCUUCGUCUUCCACGACGUCGUCAUCCCCUUCACAGAUGAAACUUCCAUCCAUGCCCAACACGUCCGUUUUGGUUAGCUCAUUUGGAGGUUCGCCGACGGGUUUGAUGUCCCCUCAGUCACCGAUGUACGCUCAAGCAAAUAACUCUCUGAUGAUGAACAAUCAGCAGAUGCAACAGCAACAACCACAAGCGAACAUGUCAAAUUCGGGGAAUUCGGGGCACAUCAUGGUGUCGAGUACAAAUAAUGUUAAUAACCAUCAUGGAUACUACUCAGUGCAUAAGCAAUGAGGCGCUCAACUCGUAUUAGAAGUUGCCCACUAUCAACUCAAAACUUUGUCAAUUUCUUGCCAUUGGAUGGUGAUAAUAGACGACAAUCUUUUCAGACCAUUACAAGACAGCAUUAGUACAA